AUGCCCGGCUCCCCCGGCGCCGCCCGGCUCCCCCGGUGCAGCCCGGCUCUCCCGCUCCCUGCCCGGCUCCCCCGGUGCAGCCCGGCUCCCCCGCUCCCUGCCCGGCUCUCCCGCUCCCUGCGCGGCUCCCCCGGUGCAGCCCGGCUCUCCCGCUCCCUGCCCGGCUCCCCCGGUGCAGCCCGGCUCCCCCGCUCCCUGCCCGGCUCUCCCGCUCCCUGCGCGGCUCCCCCGGUGCAGCCCGGCUCUCCCGCUCCCUGCCCGGCUCCCCCGGUGCAGCCCGGCUCCCCCGCUCCCUGCCCGGCUCCCCAGCUCCCUGCCCGGCUCCCCCUGGCCCUGCCCGGCUCCCCAGUUCCCUGCCCGGCUCCCCCGGCAGUCCCGAGGGAGGAGAAGCUGGAGCAGCUGGGCUCGGAGGCAGCCCCGGUAGACACGGCCCCAGAACUUACCGACUCCAACACAUCUGGGUUUCUUUUCCAAGAGGGGUUCUUCUGCAGCAACCUGGCUUGGAAAAAGUUACGUUUUAAAAUAUUCCUAGAAAAGGUGUACUGA